AUGGCGGCGGCGGCGGCACCGGCGGCGUCUCUGUAUGUCGGGGAUUUGAAGGCGGACGUGACGGACGGCGAUCUGUUCGACUUGUUCUCGGAGUUCAACGUCGCGUCUGUUCGGGUCUGCCGCGAUUCGUCCACGGGCCGGUCGCUCUGCUAUGGCUACGUCAACUUCCUCUCUCAUCAGGACGCCAUCCGUGCUAUUGAGGAGAAAAACCAUUCCUCGUUGAAGGGGAGAGCAAUAAGGGUUACAUGGUCGCAUCGUGAUCCUGAUGCUAGAAGAAGUGGAGUUGGAAAUGUCUUUAUCAAGAAUCUGAGCGAAUCAAUCGAUUGCAUUAAGCUCCAAGAAAUGUUUCAGAAGUUUGGCAACAUAUUAUCAUGUAAAGUUGUCACUUCUGAUGAUGGAAAAAGUAAAGGUUAUGGCUUUGUCCAAUUUGAAUCGGAAAACUCUGCAAAAGCUGCUAUUGAGGAGCUUAAUGGGUCAACUAAUGAAGGCAAACAAAUGUUUGUGGCUAAGUUCAUGAAAAAGAGUGACCGAGCUAAUCUUAGUUACGAAGAGAAGUACACGAAUCUGUAUGUGAAGAAUUUGGAUGCAAGUUUCUCUGAAGAAGACCUCAGGGAGAAGUUCUCAAAAUAUGGAAAAGUUGUAAGCCUAGUCAUAUCAAAGGAUGAGAAUGGUGCAUCCAGAGGAUUUGGGUUUGUCAACUUUGAGAACCCCGGUGAUGCCAAACGUGCAGUGGAAGCUUUCCAUGGAUCAAAACUUGGAUCAAAGGUCUUGUAUGUUGCCCGAGCACAGAAGAAAUCUGAACGAGAGGAAAUCUUACGCCGAAAGUUUGAGGAGAAAAGGAAGGAAUGGCUCCUCAAAUACCAGGCGUCGAAUGUCUAUGUGAAGAAUAUUGACGAUGAUGUUACAGACGAUGAGCUGAAGCAACAUUUUAGCAAAUGUGGGACAAUUACGUCCGAAAAGAUUAUGCGAGAUGACAAAGGAGUGAGCAAAGGGUUUGGAUUCGUUUGCUUCUCCACCCCAGAGGAGGCCAAUAAAGCUGUUUAUACUCUGCAUGGUUUAGUUUUGCGUAAAAAGCCCUUGUAUGUGGCGAUUGCUCAGAGGAAAGAGGACAGACAAGCACAAUUGCAGCUCAUGCAUAUGCAACGGAUGGUGGGAUUAGGGGGGCCAUCAACUAUUUUUCCUGGCGGAUACUCUCAUUUCUAUUACCCAGCUUCUAGUGUUGUUCCUCAAUUUCCUGCACAAAGUGCUGUUGUGUAUCAGCCUAGGGGAAUCAGGCCUGGAUGGAGGGCUAAUGCUGUUUCGAAUACUUCUGGACCGGGAGUCCGUCCAUCUCCAGGCGCAUUGGCACCUAAUAAUCCAAGACCUCACAGACAGAACAGAGGAAGGUUGAAUGGCCAUGAUUUUCAACAGGGUUCUGCGUUGCCACAUGCAUCACAUUUGCAGCAGGCUAAUGACUCAAGGAACCAUAAGCCUAUCGUAUUUGGUGCUGGACUGAGUGCUGGGGGCUCACAGGUGUUGAGUACCUUGCUUGAUUCAGCUUCUCCCGAGCAGCAGAAGCAUAUACUUGGCGAGCAUCUUUAUCCACUUGUUGCUCAUCAUCAGCCUGAUCUUGCAGCAAAGAUAACAGGAAUGAUUUUGGAGAUGGACAAUUCUGAGUUGCUACUGCUAUUGGAUUCACCAAAGGCGCUAGAAGCCAAGGUCCAAGAGGGAGUUGAAGUGCUCAAAAUUUCCAAGUCUAAAGUCUCGACCAAGCAUGACUCACUUCGUUCGAAAGGUCGGGAAGAUGUCUUUCGGCCGGCACGAGGUAGGAGACUGCAAGGAAAACCACGGCACCCACCCUGGCCGGAGAGAGGGCGUCGCGGUGAGAAUUGCCGCCUACCCUCUCCCACACUAGGGCAACAAGUGGGGCGGACGAGACAUCAGCUACUUUGGCCAUGGUCAGAACAUGCUCGGACCUGCGCUGCCGACGAGAAAAGGGGGGCCUGA